CAAUCCUCUUUGUAGGACUGACGUCUACAACUGUCACAAACAGAGCUAAGCCAGGAGAGGAGGAAAAAUAGGCUGGUAGCCUCAGGAACAAACUGCUCUCACAUUUCCACUAGCUCAGCUUCCAAAGCUCUCCAGGCCUUAGGGGGGCUGAUCUACCCUCCCAGCUCCCUCUCCCCUUUGGGACUCACCACCCUGCCUGACCGGAGGACAUCCAGGGGACACUCACUCAGCCUCACCCAGGACCUAGGAUUUCAGCUCACUGCAACUGUAUCCUCCUCAGAGGACUCCUGAGCCUGCAGCGUGACCCACCCUCCCUACUUCUGUCUAACGAAGAGAGAGGUAGUUCUCCAUCUUUCUGUACAUCAGUCUCAGGACCACCAGAGCUCCCACUUUUAGGCCUUAUCUCCCAUAGACUGUAUCUGCAGAGAGACAGGAGAACACCCCAAAGACAGAGACAGGAGGAUUUAGAGGAGGGCUAUUUAAUUGACACAGUUGUGAGACGGUGUGUCUGUGUGUUUCUGAUAACGACUGUGGCAGUGAAUGGACACAGACCACUCAUGUAAGCAGUGUGUUAGAGAAAGAACACACUCUGGGGAAGUCUGUUCUAGUGGCGUUGGGUGUGCAGGUGUCCGUGAUAUGCCAGGUGUGUGUGAAUGAGGCAUUGUAAUUGUAAGGCAUUGAAUGUGCAUGUGAUACUUGAUAGAGGCCUCAAGUGUGUCAGAGACAUUGGUUGUGUAUGUGUGUGAGAGGUAAGUCAGGUUGUGUGCAUGAGUGUGUGUGUGUGAAAGGGGUCAGUCAGGUCUGUGUGUGUGUGUGAAAGGGGUCAGUCAGGUCUGUGUGUGUGCGAAAGGAGUCAGUCAGGUCUGUGUGUGAGAGACGACGACCGUGGAGGCCUUAGCCCUGGAUUUCUCAGAGAUGGAGGGUCAAGGCUACGACCGGUUUGGUGAGCUUGAGCAAGACACCUACCAGAUCGACUACCGCCGUAUAGUUGGUGACACUGAGCCUGCCAGGCCGCGCCUCUCGCCCCGUGAAGGGGAACACACACACCCCAACUCCAACCCUCGUGGAGCCUACACGCACACCAACCCUCACGGCCACGGGCACGAGACGGCCGCGCAGAGAUACAAUGCCACACGCAUCCAAGCCGGAUACGAACCUGAAAGCAUGGCCGACUACCUGAUCAGUGGAGGGACAGGGUACGUUCCUGAAGAUGGACUGACGGCUCAGCAGCUCUUCUCUAUCGGGGAUGGACUCACAUAUAAUGAUUUCCUGAUUCUGCCUGGUUUCAUAGACUUUAUUUCUGAUGAAGUGGACCUGACCUCAGCUCUGACCAGGAAGAUCACCUUGAAGACUCCUAUCAUCUCAUCUCCCAUGGAUACAGUCACUGAGUCCUCCAUGGCCAUUGCUAUGGCUCUCAUGGGCGGGAUCGGGAUCAUGCACCAUAACUGUACUCCAGAGUUCCAGGCCAACGAGGUCCGCUUGGUUAAGAAAUUUGAGCAGGGUUUCAUCACAGACCCAGUGGUGAUGAGUCCUCGCCACACAGUGGGAGACGUAUUUGAAGCAAAGGUCCGCCACGGCUUCUCUGGCAUCCCUGUCACCGAGACGGGCAAGAUGGGCAGCAAGCUGGUGGGCAUCGUCACCUCCCGAGACAUUGACUUCCUCUCAGAGAAAGACCAUGACAGACCCCUGGAAGAGGCUAUGACAAAGAGGGAAGAUUUAGUGGUUGCACCAGCUGGCGUCACACUGAAAGAGGCCAACGACAUCCUGCAGCGCAGCAAGAAAGGUAAACUGCCCAUAGUGAAUGACAGUGAUGAGCUAGUUGCCAUCAUCGCCAGGACAGACUUGAAGAAGAACCGAGACUACCCACUUGCCUCUAAAGACUCCAGGAAACAGCUGCUGUGUGGAGCGGCCAUCGGAACCAGAGAGGAGGACAAAUGCAGACUGGACCUGCUGAUGCAGGCUGGGGUUGACGUGGUAGUGCUGGACUCCUCCCAGGGGAACUCUGUCUAUCAGAUCAACAUGAUCAACUACAUCAAACAGAAAUACCCUGAACUACAGGUGGUGGGAGGAAACGUGGUGACUGCAGCCCAGGCUAAGAAUCUGAUCGAUGCGGGUGUGGACGCUCUGAGGGUGGGGAUGGGCUGCGGCUCCAUCUGCAUCACCCAGGAAGUGAUGGCGUGUGGGCGUCCCCAGGGCACAUCAGUGUACAAGGUGGCAGAGUACGCCAGGCGCUUCGGUGUGCCCGUCAUUGCAGACGGAGGCAUCCAGACCGUUGGACAUGUGGUAAAAGCUCUCGCUCUUGGGGCAUCCACAGUGAUGAUGGGGUCAUUGCUCGCAGCAACCACAGAGGCCCCGGGGGAGUAUUUCUUCUCAGAUGGCGUGCGGCUGAAGAAGUACCGCGGGAUGGGCUCCCUGGACGCCAUGGAGAAGAACAGCAGCAGCCAGAAACGCUACUUCAGUGAGGGGGACAAGGUGAAGGUGGCUCAGGGUGUGUCAGGGUCGGUUCAGGAUAAAGGUUCUAUCCAUAAGUUUGCCCCCUACCUCAUCGCUGGCAUACAACAUGGCUGCCAAGACAUCGGAGCCAAGAGCCUCUGCAUACUGCGGUCCAUGAUGUACUCUGGGGAGCUGAAGUUUGAGAAGAGGACCAUGUCAGCUCAGGUUGAGGGGGGAGUACACGGGCUCCACUCAUAUUCUUUUGUGCCAUUUAUGAGAAGCGGCUAUACUGAGGGAGGAGGGAGAGUGAGCUCACGAGCAGCACCCAGUGUACCCUCACCAGCAGCCACCAGGCACAACGGAUACAUCUGACCUACCUACAACCAUUACUCAACCUCCACCCAAGUUACCACAUCUGACCUACCUACAACCAUUACUCAACCUCCACCCAAGUUAUCACAUCUGACCUACCUACAACCAUUACUCAACCUCCACCCAAGUUAUCACAUCUGACCUACCUACAACCAUUACUCAACCUCCACCCAAGUUACCACAUCUGACCUACCUACAACCACUACUCAACCUCCACCCAUGUUACCACAUCUGACCUACCUACAAACACUACUCAACCUCCACCCAAGUUACCACAUCUGACCUACCUACAACCAUUACUCAACCUCCACCCAAGUUACCACAUCUGACCUACCUACAACCACUACUCAACCUCCACCCAUGUUACCACAUCUGACCUACCUACAAACACUACUCAACCUCCACCCAAGUUACCACAUCUGACCUACCUACAACCAUUACUCAACCUCCACCCAAGUUAUCACAUCUGACCUACCUACAACCAUUACUCAACCUCCACCCAAUUUACCACAUCUGACCUACCUACAACCACUACUCAACCUCCACCCAUGUUACCACAUCUGACCUACCUACAACCACUACUCAACCUCCACCCAAGUUACCACAUGUGACCUACCUACAACCACUACUCAACCUCCACCCAAGUUACCACAUCUGACCUACCUACAACCAUUACUCAACCUCCACCCAAGUUACCACAUCUGACCUACCUACAACCACUACUCAACCUCUCCUCUUGUCUACCUCUACCUACUCUUUCUCUGUGUUGUGUAAGGCGCUUUUGAGAGACCAAAGAGUCACCUCUGACCUAUGACUUAAUUGAUGUUAUGACAUAAACCACAGGGACUAGGGACUAAGCUUCAAUGGUCAGAUGUAUUGGGUUAUGGCACAGAGCCAUCGGGCUGUAUAAAUCAAAUCAAAUUGUAUUAGUCACAUGCGCCAAAUACAACAGGUAUUACAGUGAAAUGCUUACAUAUGAGCCCCUAACCAACAGUACAGUUUCAAAAAGUACGGAUAAGAGAUAAAAGUAACAAGUAAUUAACGAGCAGAAUUAAAAAUAACAAUAUAUACAGGGGGGUGUCGGUACAGAGUCAAUGUGCAGGAGCACCGGUUAGUUGAGGUAGUGUGUACAUGUAGGUAGAGUUAAUUAAAGUGACUAUGCAUAGAUGACAACAGAGAGUGGCAGUUGUGUGGAGGGGGGAAUGCAAAUAGUCUGGGUUGCCAUUUGACUAGAUGUUCAGGAGUCUUCUGGCUUGGGGGUAGAAGCUGUUUAGAAGCCUCUUGGACCUAGACUUGGCGCUCCGGUAGAGAGAACAGUCUAUGACUAGGGUGGCUGGAGUCUUUGACCAUUUUUUAUAUGUACGUAGCUAAUGUAGAACUGUGACUACUGUGUCCUGGGAGAGACUGUUUGAACAUAAUAAUCCUUGUUUUAUGUACCCUGUAACUCUUUAAACCAGUUCUGGUUGAUCAUGGUCCUAGGUCUCAGAUGUGUUUGGAGCACAGUUGGCACCUUGCUUGGGGAGGACGGCCUCUUGGCAAUGGCUGGAGCGGAAUGGUAUCAAAUACAUCAAACAUGGUUUCCAUGUGUUUGAUUCUAUUCGCUCUGUUCCAGUCAUUAUUAUGAGCAGUCCUCCCCUCAGCAGCCUCCACUGGUUUGGAGAUACAGUAUUGUUUUUUACUGUAUGGAAUAGCCUAGAGGUCUGUCUUGUGGCUCUACUGUAGAGAGGACCAAAGCUAGGAUAAGCUAUAAGGUAUGCGCUAGCCUUAAAUCAGGGAUAACCACAGCGCCUUAAGACUGCACAUGGAGGCUAUACCAGUGUUGUAGUACUAGAGUCCGGGGGGCUCAUUUUAUCAAAUCUGUGGGUAAACAAUGUGUGGGAUGAUUUCCAUGCAAAGUGUGAGAUUUAUCACUAUGAACUUUGCUUGAGAGUGUGCAUACAUUUAUGCACAGCCAUAACAAUGCAUAGGCACAGUGCAAAGUGGCGGAAUAAGGGAACUGCUUGUCAAGCAUAGAAUGGGGAAAAUAUUCUGUAUGUUGAAAAUGUGUGAAAUUGUGUGUUGAGUAAUAAUUAAAUCAUUCUUCGAUUUAAUUGUAUUCCAUUGUGAAUCUUUAUUUGUACAAUUUUCUACAUUGAAGAAUAACAGUAAAGACAUCAGAACUAUGAAAUAACACAUAUGGAAUCAUGUAGUAAGCAAAAAAGUGUUAAACAAAUCAAAAUACAUUUUAUAUUCUUCAAGGUAGCCACCCUUUGCACUGAUGACAGCUUUGCACACUGUUGGCAUUCUCUCAACCAGCUUCAUGAGGUAGUGACCUGGAAUGAAUUUCAAUUAACGGGUGGGCCUUGUUAAUUUGUGUAAUUUCUUUCCUUAAUGCAUUUGAGACAGUCUGUUGUGUUGUGACAAGGUAGGGGUGGUAUACAGAAGAUGCCCUAUUUGGUAAAAGACCAAGUACAUAUUAGGGCAAGAACAGCUAAAAUAACAAAGGGAAACAGCCUUUCAUUACUUUAAGACACGAUGGUCUGUCAAUAUGGAAAAUUGGGCAAUCGCAAAAACCAUCAAGCACUAUGAUGAAACUGGAUUUCAUGAGGACCGCCACAGGAAAGGAAGACCUCUGCUGCAGUUACUUCUGCAGGAGAGACAAGGACAAGUUCAUUAGAGUUAACUGCAACUCAGAUUGCAGCCCAAAUCAAUGCUUCACAGAGCUCAAGUAACAGACACAUCUCAACAUCAACUGUUCAGAGGAAACUGCGUGAAUCAGGUCACCAUGGUCAAAUUGCUGCAAAGAAAUCACUAGUAAAGGACCCCAAUAUGAAGAAGAGACUUGCUUGGGCCAAGAAACACGAGCAAUGCACAUUAGCCCGGUAGAAAUCUGUCCUUUGGUCUGAUGAGUCCAAAUGUGAGAUGUUUGCUUCCAACCGCUGUGUCUUUGUGAGACACAGAGUAGGUGAACGGAUGAUCUCCACGUGUGUGGUUCCCACUGUGAAGCAUGGAGGAGGUGGUGUGGGGGUGCUUUGCUGGUUACACUGAUUUUUUAAAACCAAUAUGGAUACCACAUUCUGCAAUGAUACGCCAUCCCAUCUGGUUUGGACUUAGUGGGACUAUCAUUUGUUUUUCAACAGGACAAUGACCCAAACACACCCUGAACAGACAGUUAACCCACUAGGCCGUCAUUGAAAAUAAGAAUUUGUUCUUAAUAACUGACUUGCCUAGUAAAAUAAAGGUAAAAUAAAAUAAAUAAAAAAAAUUUAGAUCAAGGAGAGUGAUAGAGUGCUGCAUCAGAUGACCUGGCCUCCACAAUCACCAACCUCAAACAAAUUGAGAUGGUUUGGGAUGAGUUGGACAGCAGAGUGAAGAAAAAGCAGCCAACAAGUGCUCAGCAUAUGUGGAAACUCCUUCAAGACUGUUGGAAAAGCAUUCCUCAUGAUGCUGGUUGAGAGAAUGCCAAGUGUGUGCAAAGCUGUCAUCAGUGCAAAGGGUGGCUACUUUGGAGAAUAUAACAUGUUUUUGAUUUGUUUAACACUUUGGGUUGCUAUGUGAUUCCAUAUGUGUUAUUUCAUAGUUUUGAUGUCUUCACUCUUAUUGAACAAUGUAGAAAAUAGUCAAAAUAAAGAAAAACCCUUGAAUGAGUAGGUGUCCAAACUUUUGACUGGUACUGUAUAAUUGGACCAUGUCAGAGCAUCUGUUUAUGAUAAUAAUUCAUAUAAAGUAGGCUACAGUCAGGUGCAGGUGAAAUACUAUAAAAGACAGAUGGGAAAUCAAACGAGAGUUAGCUGAGCUUGCUCUUUCGGCACACGCUGCAUUUUGCAGAGAGUGCAUUUUUAGAGAUCGGUGGGACUUUUUGCAGAAAGUACAGAUUGGCUCAUCAGAUAUCGUUUCCCAAAACCAAUCUUAUUGGAUUUUUAUUUAAGACCUGCUUUAGAAAGGCACACACACAUGCUAUUCCGGUGCACAUGCAAGUGCUAUCCACCCUCUGGUUUUUGCCAACGGGAACUUUUCAGUGUGAGCUUGCCGAUCGGCAUCUCACAGCCCUUGAUGAGCCUAAGUUUUUGGAUGCAGUCAUCAGCAAAACGACCAGUUACAUAAAAUGUCCAUACACCAUCGCACAACAGGUUGAAGUCAAUAGGGGUUUCUUUGCCAUCAGCGUUCCCAAAUAUGAACGGAGUAAUGGAUGGCCCCCACAUCGCCAUAAAAGAACCAUCCCAAAAUGAGUUAAACUAUGCAGCCUCAGCCAGCAUGUGAACAGAAAAGGCUUCCACUCAUCUGCAGGUGAUAGGUUAAGUGAUGUGCAAAAUAAGUUGUUGAAUGUGGUGGCAAGGUGGCCAUGUGGAAAGCUCAAUUCGUUCAUUCUGCAGAACAGAGACGGCACAGUUGCUUGCGAAAGUAUUCACCCCCCUUGGCAUUUUUCCUAUUGUGUUGCCUUACAACCUAGAUUUAAAAUAUAUAUUUUUAGGGGUUGGUAUCAUUUGAUUUACACAACAUGCCUACCACUUUGAAGAUGCAAAAUAUUUUUUUUAUUGUGAAACAAACAGAACUUGAGCAUGCAUAACUAUUCAUCCCCCCAAAAGUCAAUACUUUGUAGAACCACCUUUUGCAGCAAUUACAGCUGCAAGUCUCUUGGGGUAUGUCUCUACAAGCUUGGCGCAUCUAGCCACUGGGAUUUUUGCCCAUUCUUCAAGGCAUAACUGCUCCAGCUCCUUCAAGUUUGAUGGGUUCUGCUGGUGUACAGAAUUCUUUAAGUCAUACCACAGAUUCUCAAUUGGAUUGAGGUCUGGGCUUUGACUAGGCCAUUCCAAGACAUGUAAAUGUUUCCCCUUAAACCAUUUGAGUGUUACUUUAGUAGUAUGCUUAGGGUCAUUGUCCUGCUGGAAGGUGAACCUCUGUCCCAGUCUCAAAUCUCUGGAAGACAGGUUUCCCUCAAGAAUUUCCCAGUAUUUAGUGCCAUCCAUCAUUCCUUCAAUUCUGACCAGUCUCCCAGUCCCUGACGAUGAAAAAUAUCCCCACAGUGAAGCAUGGUGGUGGCAGCAUCAUGCUGUGUGGAUAUUUUUCAUGGAUGGUGUUCUCAGGGUGAUGAGAGGUGUUGGGUUUGCGCCAGAAAUAGCGUUUUCCUUGAUGGCCAAAAAGCUCAAUUUUAGUCUCAUCUGUCCAGAGUACCUUCUUCCAUAUGUUUGGGGAGUCUCCCACAUACCUUUUGGCGAACACCAAACGCGUUUGCUAGUUUUUCUUUAGGCAAUGGCUUUUUUUCUGGCUACUCUUCUGUAAAGCCCAGCUCUGUGGAGUGUACGGCUUAAAGUGGUCCUAUGGACAGAUACUCCAAUCUCCACUGUGGAGCUCCUUCAGAGUUAUCUUUGUCUCUUUGUCUCUUUGUUGCCUCUGAUUAAUGCCCUCCUUGCCUGGUCCGUAUUUUUUGGUGGGCGGCACUCUCUUGGCAGGUUUGUUGUGGUGCCAUAUUCUUUCCAUUUUUUUAUAAUGGAUUUAAUGGUGCUCCGUGGGAUGUUCAAAGUUUCUGAUAUUUUUUUAUAACCCAACCCUGAUCUGCACUUCUCCACAACUUUGUUCUCCACAACUUUGGCACGCACCACUUUUCCGUAUUUUUUGUUGUUGAAUUUUUUUAAACAAGUAAUUUUUUCCAUUUCUAUUCACCUAUUUGAACUAUUUUGUGUAUGUCCAUUACAUUAAAUCCAAAUAAAUAUCCAUUUAAAUUGCAGGUUGUAAUGCAACAAAAUAGGAAAAAUGCCAAGGGGGAUGAAUACUUUUGCAAGGCACUGUAUAUGCCUACAGGAGGGUGCUGUUGAGGAUGGAUGGCAUAUUAGUGAGUUGUCUAGCUACUCAUUUGAAGUAUAUUUGCCAUUGCUAAAGUGACUUGAAUUGUCCUAAUGGUCCUCUCUUUUUAGCUAUGUUUUAAUUUGUACAGGUAACCACAACUGAGUGAGCAAAGUAAAACAUUUUGAUUGUACUCAAUCUCUGACACUAGGCACCUCUAUUUCAGUCUCAGAAAAUUAUAUUUUUUUCGUAGCUUUUUUUGUUUGCCCGUUGUAGGUUAUAUUUCAUGGUAUGGCUUAGUGUAUUCCCCACAGGCUUUAAAGAGAUUAUUUUGACCGUAUGUGAACCACCGGCUUGAUUCGGUUCUAGUAGCAACAUAAAAAAAAUAUUUUUACUUUUAAAUUGGAAUAAAGUAGAGACUCAGAGCUACUAAAGGGUAUAUCAGCCAUACACUGCAGUUGAGGAACAAUGGGAAAGUAAUUCUGCUUUGAAAUGUAACCCCACUUUUGAGGAAAGGGCCCUUGGAUGUUUUGAUACAUGGUAGACCUACUGGAGAGCUCUUUGUCUACACCCAUUCCGCAUCAUUCACACCCUCUUAAGUCUUAGCCCCACCCAUCUCUUUACAAUUUCCACUUUAUCUACUCUUUGGCCUAUAUUCUAAUCUGACUUUGAAAGUGUCCAGAUAAAAAUAUUUUAUAAUUAGAUGAUGCUUACCCAGACACUUGUCUACAUUGAUGGGUCAUGUGAAAGAAAUGCUACAACCACCCCCAACCACAUCUAGUUAUGUGUAUGGGUCACUAUUGUCUAUACAUGUACACAUGUUCCUGAAAUACAAUAAAUGGCCAUAAUCAACCUCAGACACACCUGGCUAGCUUGAUGGGUCAAGUAAUCAUUCUCUUGCUAAGUGGAGUCUUGUUUAGACGUGUAGCUAUCUGGCUAAACAAUAAACUAUAUUCCCAACCCAUAGCUACAGUACAAAUGGAUUGUCAUAGCUUGUCACUAUGCAUAAAAUGCUAGAGUAUGAAUAUGCAGGUAGCUAAAGCGAACAAACUAGGUUCAAAGCUAGCUAGCUAACAUUGGGCUACAACUAGCAAUGCAAAUGGAUUUCUAAGAUCCUAAUAAUAUUACCACACAGAUCAUACACGUUAUGUUAGCUAGUGAUCCAGCUAACUAACAGUACACUUUAACUUGCAAUGAAAAUGACUUUCUGACAAAAUUAGAAAUGUAUAAUAUCUGAAAAUGUAGCUAGACUCUUACCCGUGUACAUGGAUAAACACUUCACGGCAGCAUGUCUUUUCCGUUUGCUUUGUAGCUAGGCUAGUUCACAUAUUCCAGAAGGCAUUUCUGCCAAAAAACACAUUUUGAUAAAAAAUGUUUUUGUUAAAAUGCCUCCCCUGUGAAUUAGUGACGUGCGACAUACACUUAGCUUAUUAAACAUUCUAAAUUCCCUUCGUAAGUAGUAUUUUAUAAUAAUUUCUACCGCAAUAUUGAUAAAUAAGGUCCCAGGACUUGGACUUGACUUGGACUCGAGUCACGAUUUUCAUGACUUAUGACUUGACUCGGACUCGACCAGUGAAGACUCGAUCAGUAGUGAUUUUGUUGUCAGAAAAUCUCUUUGUUGCAUGAUUUAACAAAGUAGCUACAACAGCAAAUAUUAGAGUGCUGUAUUAUGUAGAUAUCUUUACAAUGUGCAACAAUGUAACAGAAUUUAGAUUUUUAAAUGGUUGUACCACAGCUUUUAGCACUACCAAGGAACUCUUGACUCAAGUAUAAAGGACUUUAACACUAGGGACUUUGGACUCGACUCUGACUCGAGGUUUAGUGUGUUGACUACAUCACCGGUCUACACUGUGGAUAUUGCUGUAAUCAGGCUCACACUGGAUUCUCAUCAGUUUGGAAUCAAACAAAACAGAUAGAAAGUAGAUACCCAAAUUCUGUUUUGUCUUUGUGUAAAGUUUUGUGAUGUGUUAUCUGAUGAGAGCAUACUUGUACAGUGACUUUGGCCUAGUCUUUAGUUUAUCAGUAGACUGUUAAUAAUAUGAUGUAUUUGUAAAUAUAUACUGUAGUACUUUAGUGGAUUUGAGAAAAGGAAUAUAUAUGUAGCCCACAAUAUAAUACUGUAUACCGUGUAAUAUACCUAGGGCUGGUUUCCUGAACACAGACUAAGCCUAGGCAUGGACUUAAUCAUGCUCAAUGUAGAGUGUGUGUCCUGGAAACCACCCCUGGAUGUCUUUCUAUAAUUAUCUUGUUAACCAGGCUGCAUGUACUGCUACUGCAGAUGUAGGAUCUUAAUUUGAUCACAAUUUUGUUGCUCAGAAUGUUCUUACACAGCAGGAAAUGCAAGCUUGUAGUGUAUUUGAGUUUGAAAAAGCCUUCUAAAUUUUGUAAUUUCCAGUUUAAAAUGUCAGACUUGAUUUGCCCCAACAAAAAAUGUAUCAACCCCUUCAAAAAUGUAAAUUUGAAUUAUAAUCCACAUCAGUGGAGGCUGCUGAGGGGAGGAAUGGCAUCAAACACAUGGAAACCAUGUUUGAUAUAUUUGAUACCAUUCCACACAUAUUCUGCUCCAGCCAUUACCACACCAACCUCCAGUGAUCCACUUAAUAAUUCAACAUUUCUGUUGAUGCAGGAUUAUUUUCCUGCUAUAGCAAACUGGCUCAAAUGAAGAUUCUACAUCUGUACCUGGUGGCAGUGAGUGAAGAAAUGUUGUUUAUCCAUCUUCCAUUUCAUAAAUCUUCUUCCUGUAGAAGACCUGCAGCUAGUUUAUAACAGUAGACCACUAUCAGUUGUUAGUCAACCACCAGCAACGGCAGAACCACUCUGUCUGUUGUGUUAACCUUUGUGUGAAGUGAACCUUGGGUGCUGAAAGUUGCACAAAAGCUGAUCAGAUGUUUUAUUAGAGUUAUUUAUUUUGUUCUAUCCUGGUGAUCUCAAUCUCUGGCUUUUAAUUCACUCAAGCUGUACCACCAGAAUAAAGAAUUUGACUAAU